UUCCUCUUUUUGCAGUGAAGGACCUUUGCAGCAGGAGCUCACGGACACUCUGCUACAGGACAUGAACCAGGAUGAUUGUUUUCUAUUUUUUGGUGUUUGUGGCCGUCCCUGUCGGCUGCCACUCUUCAUUUACCUUAAACCAAGCCUGGAAAGAGUGGAGGAUCAAACAUGAGAAAGUCUAUGACAACAAGACUGAGGUGAGCUUCAGGAGAGCAUUAUGGGAGAAGAACGUGGUGCGGAUUUGGAAGCACAACCAGGAAGCGGCUUCAGGGAAACACAGCUUCACUCUGGGACUCAACCACUUGGCUGAUAUGACGGCUGACGAAGUGAACCACAAGUUAAACGGACUGAAGCCGGAGAAGCUGAACACAGUGAGAAAUGUCACUUUGAAGAGUCUGUCUGAUCUGAACAUCCCCCAGACUGUGGACUGGAGGGAGCACGGCCUCGUCAGCUCUGUGCAAAACCAAGGCUUGUGUGGGUCUUGCUGGGCCUUCAGUGCUCUGGGGGCUCUGGAGGGGCAGAUGAGCAAACAGACGGGAGUUCUGGUGCAGCUCAGUCCUCAGAACCUGGUGGACUGCAGCGUGAUGGACGGGAACCACGGCUGUAAAGGAGGCUACAUCUCCAAAUCCUACAGUUACAUCAUUCGCAACCAAGGCAUCGACUCGGAGCAGUUCUACCCCUAUGAGCACCAGAAUGGGCUCUGUCGUUAUUCCGUGAAAGGAAAAGCCGGACACUGCUCCAACUUUCACAUCCUUCCUCGAGGAGAUGAGAAGAUGUUGGCGUCCGUGGUGGCCAAUGUGGGGCCAGUGGCAGUGGCUGUGAACGCAAUGCUCCCGUCUUUUCAUCUGUACAGAGGAGGCGUGUACAGUGAUCCCAAAUGCAACCCCAACGCAAUAAACCACGCAGUUCUUGUUGUUGGCUACGGCACAGAGAAGGGAGAAGACUACUGGCUGGUCAAAAACAGCUGGGGAGCCACAUGGGGCGAAGGAGGAUUCAUCCGCAUGGCCCGUAAUAAGAAAAAUGCAUGUGGCAUCGCAACCUUUGCUGUCUAUCCUACAAUUUAAGUCAUCAGUGAUAAUUAAAAUCUUAAAUAUUUUUUGACAAGGAUUCAUGUAUACAUUCUUAUGCUUUAUGCAUGUUUUAUGUGUGUUUUUAAAAGUGCAUUGUGUAACUUUUCUAGUUGAGGAUCUGUCAAAUGCUUUUCUCUAUUUCGAUGUUAUUGCUUUGUCUGGAAUAUUUCACAGUAUGGCAUUAAACCUUUCUAGCUUCAUGGACAUCAACUAGACCAAGGGCCUGUUUACAUGAGAACGCUUGCGAGUAAAAAGAUCAAAAUAUUUUAUCGGAAGUGUCUAGGGUUUAGAUGGUUACAGCGUAUUUGGAGCUUUAAAAUGCAAAAAUCUGAAACCACCCUCUAGAGCGGAAAAGUUGAAUAUGCUCCGCUGUAGCGUUUUCAUCUACACUGCCCAAGAUGCAAAACUCUGGUCAGAUCUGCUCACAUCGAGUACACGUUUACGCCACAUACAUCACCACCUAGUGUCACUACCUAGCUGCCUGGCAUGCAUACUGUAUCGAAUUCCACACAUUUUUGCAUCACCGUAGGCACACAGAUUUCCUCCUGAAAACGCUCAUCUAAACACAGAAUAAAAACUGAAGACGCAACGCCACUUUUGCAUCUUCUGUUCAGACCGUCAUCAUAUAAACAUAGCUCUAGUUACAGGUCAGAUCUGUGGAGAGGCGACCACAUUCACAGUCAGAAUGGUUGUUUUUCUAGGGAUUUUGGAGCUAUAAAACCACCUGUAAUUGAAAAAAUGUAAAAUGUCAUAUUGAGGAACAUUCCAGGCAGAGCAAUGACAUAUCCAAAACAAAAAAGUGACACAAUGCCCCUUUAAAGAUGAGUUUGCAACGUUAAAAUGCGCUUUCUGUGCUCAUAAUGCUGAAACAAUAUGAUUUUUCUCUAUUAAAUUUUACUAUGUUGUAAAAAAAGACAAAAAAGUAUUCUGAAAUUAUUAACUGUAUGCAUUUUUUAAAUGUAUUUUGACGUUUUAUUGAAGAAGUGAUGGUCAGACAGCACACAAAAUAAUAAUUUAUCUUAUUUAGGAGUGUAAGUCAGUUUGAGGGUUGGUUAUUUACCAUUCAUCAUUAUAUUUGUCACUGUUUGUUAUGUGUCCUAUCUAAUUUGUGUACAGCAAUUUGUUUGAUUGUGUUGUUUUUAAAGUGCUCUAGAAAUAAAGUUGAUUUGAGUUGA